AUGAAGCAAGUGUUGGGCAACGGGAAGAACGGAGAGAAGCUGUGGGUGCACGUCAGCUGCUCCUUGUGGAUACCAGAGGUGAGGUUUACCUCCGAGGAGCUAAACCCUGUCAACUUGGACUUCAUCGAGAAGAGCCGAAAGAUUCUCAAGUGCCUCCUGUGCGGGCAGAAGGGCACCUGCGUCCAGUGCGCAGGGGGGCGGUGCCUCCUCUCCUACCACCCCUGGUGCCUCAUCCACUCCGACAGAGGGAUCAUCAACCGAUCGAUUUCGGUUCAGAGCCACCUGCACGUGUUCUGCCAGGAUCACAAGGCGGACGUCAUCUCCUCUCUCGAUCUCGAAGGGAGGGACUGUCAGCUCGGGCCGAUGUGCUACCAGGACGCGAGGGACCGCAUCCAGCCCAAGAUGCAGGCCGGGUUCUUGCCCAUGCUGGCCCCGUCGAGCGGUGGGAAGGGGGGUGCCAAGUCCGGCCGGCUGAGCGGCGGUAAACAGGCUUUCAAGGGCAAGAACAGCAAGAAGCGAAACCGCGACGGUUCUCCCGGCGGCUUGAUCGACGUAGAGGGAGGGGGGGCUUGCGUGGGCAUGGACCAGCAGCCGCAGUCGCCGCACGUGCAGCAGGGGCGGAAGCGGCGGAGGAAGUUCGGGCCUGGCCCGGGCGGCAGCGCGACAGAUGCGGCGGGCAAGGGCGAGCCAGAGCCCGACUGCGUGGAUAAGCCGGGCGCCCUGAUGGGGAGGAGGGCGGACCCCGACAUAGACGACGACGGCAACCUGGAUAAGGCCGGCGCGCCUCGGAUUGGCCAGGAGUCGCUCACCUGCGAGAGGUUCUGGGAGGUGAUGGCCGGCUACUUUCCGGAGGGACACAGCCCCAGCUGGCUGGGCAAGCUCCUCGACAUCGAGCACCUGCCGAAGGACGACGACCCGGCCUACGUUAUCCCCGAGCCCCGCCAGAAGGACAAGGAAAAGGACAAGGAAAAGGAUAAGGAGACCGGGGGGGAUAAUGCCAAGCAACCCAAGGAUGGCGGCGGCGGCAGCAGCAGCAGCCCGAAGAGGGGUGGCGCGGCGGGCGGCAGCCGGGAGGACGGCGGCGAAAGCGACGAUUCAAACCCCGUCUCCGUUGACGGCGGCGGCGCACUCGAAGACGACGACGACGAUGACGACGACGACGGGCUUGACGCUCACCGCCGCCGGAGCGGGGGAAGCGGAGCCGCCGCCGCCGCCGACAGGAGAGGAAAGUCUCCUCCCGCCUCGGCGCGAGCUGUCCGCGGCAGCGCACGCCUCGGUGGCGGCCGCGGCGGCAGCGGCGGCGGCGGCGGCGGCUGGUCGACGUCGUCCGACGCGUUGCCGCGCCCGGAGCCGACGGUCGUGGACUCGGAUUGCGUGGCGGCCACUUGCCACCGCCAGGUGGGGCUCGUGUUGCAGAGGGGGAAGAGCCUGCGGGUGGGGUGCCGGUUCGCGCUCCGCGUGGCCGAGACGCUGGAGGACGAGCGGGCCAUCGAGAAGGAGCGGGCCGAGGGCGGCGUGCAGUGGUCGCGCUUCGAGAUGCCGGCCGACGAUGAGCUGGACCUGGACUUGGGGGCGUACCCGGGCCUGUUGGUGGGAGCUAAGCCGCGGGGGCAAGAGGAGCAGCGGAGCGCGACAGGGGAAGCCGGUGGUGGGGACGACGGCGUUCUUUUGCCGGGCAUAGCGGCGGCUCCGCCCGCGGCGGCUGGAACGGAGGAGGCCGUAUCAUCGUCAGGGGAUGGGAACGGAGAUGGCGGCGGUGAUGGUAGUGAGUGCGAUGCGUCCAGUCUCUUCGUGGCACUCCAGGGAUGGACGAAGCACGACGUCGACGAUCCGGAGGUAAGGUUUCAGCCAAGGGGUGCCGUCAUCGCCGAUGCCAGCAGGGAGCAUCAAGGCGGCGAUGGGGCGGCGGCGGAUCCGGGGGGAAGACCUGCUCGCACGGCGUCGGCGGAUGACAGCACCGACAUCGCCGCCGCUGCUGUGGCGGCGGCGGAUGCGGCGGCGGGGGCGGAGAAGGUGAUGAAGGCGGCGGAGCCUCUGCCCGUGAUGGACGACGAGGUUGUCCAGGCGCUCAAGCUGCAGCAGGACAAGCUGCGGGGUAACACCGAGGGUUGCUUGAAGAGGAUCGACCCUAUCCGGGCCAUUGUGGAGCCGAUGGUUGGAGAGGCCUCCAGCUUUGCAGUCAAGAACGACCAAGUGUACACGAGAUACUGCCGGGUUCAGAUGUGGAAGCGGCUGUACAACAAGCUGCACUUCGGCGUCGCAGACCGGCCCCUUAACUUCAACAAGAGCAAGGAGGAAUACGAGGCCGAGCGCAGGGCGGCGGUAGAGCAGGCGAACAAGGAAGAUGCGGUUUGCAUGGUGUGCUUCGACGGUUCGACGGACGAGUCCGGCAACCUGACUAUCGUAUACUGCGACGGGUGCGACAUGUCAGUGCACACGGACUGCUACGGCAUCCAAGACCCAAAGGCCGACUUCGUCUGCGAUCGCUGCACGAGGCUGAGAGAGCUGGAAGCCGGGUCGAAGCAGAUGACGGGGGAUGAGGUCAACUGCUUCCUCUGCCCGAACAUCCACGGGGCCUUGAAGCGAACGACGUGCGGCCGGUUCGCGCACAUGACGUGCCUGCUCAUGUCGCCGGGAGUGCGGAUGGGGGAUCUCAAGCACAAGAAACGCAUCGAUAUCUCAGAGGUGCACACGGACGUGGCGGUUUUGCCGGACCUGCUGCCGUUCAACCGCACGGUCUUGGAAGCGCAGCAAGCUGCCGCGAAGCAGCUCUUCCUCCCAGCGGCGGAAGCAACAACUCCGCCGUCAUCCGGAGCCGGAGCUGGAGCCGGAGGACCGGAAGCAGGCACUAACGUUGUCGCGAGCGGCGGCAGCAGCGGCACCGAUAUGGCGAUGGUGGUGGCAGGACCGGCGUCGGCACCGGCGGGCGAGUCCUCGGGGGCAGCGGCGGCGCCGGUGCCGGCGGAAGCGCGACAGGCCAGCAGCGGGGACGGCGGCGAAGGAGGCGGUGCGGCGGCGGCGGCGGCGGUAGCGGCAUCUGCGGCGCAGAGGAAUUGGUCGGCGAGUGUGGAGGCGGCGGGGCAGCAGGUGGCAAGCACACAGCCGCAGCUGCAGCCGCAGCCGCAACCACAGCCUUUCGCGCAUAACACCAACGCCGUCAACACCGCGGUAGCCGCGGUUCAUGAGCAGCAACACCAGAACCACCAGCACCAGCAGAACCAUCUGGCGAUGGAGGAGGAGGUUAGCGUCGUCGACGUGUCCGCCCCGUCGGCGGCAGUGGGGCCGGGGGCCAUGUUGGAGGUAACGCGGCCGCCGCCACCGGUUCCCCAGGAGCGGAAUGUCCCGAACCGGGUGUUUGAGUGCUGCUUCUGCGGCGUCGCGGACGGGGCUCUGCUAGACUGCGGUAUCACUGAGUGCGGGGUCGGCGGGGGUGGGUGCCUCCGCCACGGGGAAGGGCCUGUCCUCGGAGGCGGCGGCAGCGGGGGCCCCUCCGCGGACGGUAACUUGGGGGACGGGAGGCCCGUGUGCGGGAAGCGGUUCCACUUUCUGUGCGCCUGGUUCGCGGGGGCGUACGUGAAGGUGGACGUGACGGACCCUUCCUUCACGAGGGGGGAGCGCGGGCUGUCGGGGGACAUGGAGGCGUGGCCGGCUCCGGGGGAACCGAGGUACGGGUUCCCCGCCGGCAUGUCGGUCGAGGCGCGGUGCCUGGAGCACUCCGUCGGCGCCCCGGGGAGGAAAGGCGCGCCGGCGGAGGCCGCGGCGGUGCAGCAGCUGGCGGACGCGGACGCGCUGCCUCCGGGGACGAUCUCGCUGGGCGAGACGGCGGGAGGGGUAGUGAGGGGCACCACGUGGGAGGAGCAGAGGGACCUGCGCAACAAGUACCGGAUGAAGGACCGUCCGACUGUUGUGCAGGUGGAGGGAAAGAAGAAGAAGAAGUCCAAGGCCCAGCUCAAGAGGGAGCAGAAGGCGGAACGCGAGAAGCAGAGCAACGUGAGCACCAUGCGCGUCUCCGGCCCAAGGCCGCUCGACCCCGACUCGUACGACAGGAUCGCCUGUGCGGUGUGCAUGAAGAUCGCCGCGCCCGUGCUCCUCGGUCCCGCCGCUGCUGCCGCCGCCGGGGCCUCCACCGCGGCCGCGCCUGCGGCAGCGGCCGCGACUGAAGGAGGGGGAGCGGGAGCCGCUGCUGGGGGCGGCGAAACGGCGGGUGGGGCGGCGACGGGGGCGGCGGCGGCUGCGGCUGCGGCGGCGGCGGCGGCGGAAGAGGACUUGGUGCAAUGUGCCAAGUGUGGCGUACGGGUGCACAGGAAGUGCUACGGCGUCCCGGAAGGGGUUGGCGGUCCGGGGGCAGGCAAGGGAGAGAAGUGGGUCUGCGCGCCGUGCACAGCACGCGUGAGCAGGCCGUCGUGCACGCUCUGUCCCCGCAAGGGCGGUGCGUUUCUCCGGAUCAAGGGCAGCCAGUACUGCCACGCUUACUGCGCGGAGCGGACCCCGGGGGCUCGGGUCGUGGACCCCCUCCCACCCCCUCCUCCUCCUCCUCCUCCUCCUCCGCCCCCUCGCGGGGUCGACGAAACUGCCCCGGAUGGCGGCGGGGGCGGGGGGGGCCCGAUGAAGGUGGAGGGCGGCGACGGGGACGUUGGUGCUGGUGCUGAUGCGGCCGGGACGUCGAGGGCGAGCACGGGCGAGAAGGGUAAGGGCAAGGCCGCGAAGAGUAAAAUCGGCAAGGGGAAGGCCGCGAAGAAGCCGGCUGCCGGGGCGGUGACAGCGGCGGCAGUGGCGGCAGCGACGGCGGCGGCAGCGGCGGCGGCGGCAGCGGCGGCGGCGGCGGCGGAGGAGACGGGGGAAGACGACGAUGACGACGAGGAUGAAGAAGACGAAGACAUGGAAAGCGCGACCGCUCGUAGCGGGAGCAGCAGCAGGAAGAGGCUCUACUCCAGUAAGGCUCUCGGCGGCAAGCUGCUGGGCGGCGGCGGCGCGGGGGGGUUGGGGGUAGCCGGCAGCGCAGCGGCGGCCGCGGCAGUGGCGGCCGGGAGGGGGGGAGUCAACAGCGGCGGCGCGAAGCCGCCGCCGGCGUCCUUCUUCAAGACGGCGGAGACCAAGGGCGUGCCGAAGGAGAUAAAGAAGGUCCACAAGUGCGACAUCUGCAAGCGCAAGAACGGCGCCGUGGUUCCUUGCACCCCGGCGGCGCGGAGGGGGGGAGGGGGGGCGACGGCGCAGGACCGGGUGUGCGAGAAGUGGAUGCACCCGAUGUGCGCGGCGAACGCGGGGCGCCACUGCCGGACCCUGCCCCCUGAGGAGGCCGAGAAGACGCCCUUCAAGUUUAAGUAUGCGGUGACGUGCCAGGAGCACACGGCGCUUUGCCUGCGGCAGCUGUCGAGGACCGACUUGGACCGAGCGCGCGUCCUUUUCGACUGCGUCCUCCGGAGGGAGAAGAUCAAGCGUCAGCUUCACCGCACCAGCUCGGACCUGUUCGACACGUGCCUGGCCCACUUCCGGGCGGCGACGGCGGCCGGCGCGGCCAACCUGGGGGAGCGCCUCGAAGCCAUCGGCGCCGCUUCGGCGGCCGCCGCCGCGGCUAAGGCCGCCCUGGAGCCCGCGCCGGCGCUGGACUCCAGCAGUGGCUCGGACCGGCAGCGGCUGAUCAUGUCGCAGCAGCGGGACGCGAAGGAGGCGGCCGCGGCGAGCGAGGCGGCGGCGGCGGCGGUGGCUGCCGCGGCCGCGGCGGCGGCAAAAAAGAACAGCGGCACCGGCGGCGGGAGGAAGGGCGGGAGGGCGGCGGCGGCGGAGCUGGCGGCGGCGGUGCCGUGGUAUGGCAAAUACACGGCGCUGGAGGAGAACGCGCUCACCCUACCCGAGGUGCCAAAGAACCCCGAUCUCACCAUCCGGCUCAAGCUGCCCCGCUCGGGCAGCGACCUCGGCGCUUCCGAGUUCGGCCGCGUCCGCAAGAAGACCCUCAAGGCGGAGGAGGCCGGCGGGACGGCCGGGAGCAGCGCCCGCCGCGCAGCGUCGACGGCGGCGGCGGAGGCGGAAGAGGCGAAGCGGCGGAAGGGCGGGGCCGGCGGUGGGGCCCCCGCGGAGCGGUGGCCGGUGGNGGGGACGCAGAGGCCGGUCGCGGGGAGGGAGGGGUCCCACACUCGGUCGGUGGCGGCGGCGGAGAGGCUCGUGGACUCGUGCAUUGGGGCCGCGCCGCUGGAGGGCAUCGCGGCGGCGGUGCUUCUCCAGAGGCGGUCUUCUUCCGCUUCCGGCUGCCGUAGGGUCCCAGAACACUUCGGGAAAGUCUUGGCCAACCUGGUGGGACCGCGUAACGUCCGACCCCUCACGGAGGCGAGAAGGGCAUACGUCAAGGCUCACCCCCGCCCGGAGCUUCCGCCCCCUCCGUCUCAAGAGCAGCUCUUGCUAGACCGACAGCUGAUGGAAAUGUACAACGUGAUCUCCCAGAAGCGGGUCGAGAGGGAGGAGAACGACCCUAGGUGGGAGAGCGGCAGGGUCAAGCCGGACGACGGGAUGCGAGACCUUGGCGAGCUGUUCGAGGAGGCCCCCUCUGAGGACAGCUACCCGGAGUACCACGCCAAGGUCAAGAACAUCAUGGACCUCAACACCAUUAGGACAAAGGUCCUGGACAGGGAGUACUCUUCUGUGGAAGGGCUGCUGUCCGACGUGGCUCUCAUGUACUCUAACGCUCAGGUCAUCAGGCACGAACAGGCUACCAAGGACGGCAAGCAGCUGCUCGCCCUGGCUCAGGCGACGGUCGAGCGUCUCCGAAGAGAGAGGCAGGAGGGGACGCCUCGCAAGGACAGACUCAGGCAGCAACAGAGCGCGUCCGGCUCUGAGCAACCGGCGGCGGCCGUUUUCGGCACCGGGCUCCGCAUCAACUGCGCCAAGUGCACCAAGCUCCGCCGAGACCCGCCACUGGCGGCAACGGGGGGAAGGCCCUCCAUGGCAUGCACCAAGAAGGAGCGGUACUGGUUCUGCGAGUCGUGCGUCACGGAGAGCCCGGACGCGUUCACCGGGCGCGGCAUCGGCGUGUGCAGGCAGGACGGGAAGUGGAAGAUGGCCACCGUAAGGGGUUACGAGCCCUUGUCAGGAAAGCACGAGGUGUUGUACAGGGGCGACAUUCCAUGGGAGUUCCUCUCUCUCGGGGACCCGCGCAACCACAUCCGGUACUGCCAGCCCGUCCCGCCGGCUUCGCUCAACAGCGUGCAGGAGAUGCAGCAGCAGCAGCGGCGGCGGCAGCAGCAGCUUGAGGAGGAGGAAGGCGGUGACACUGCCAAUGAGGUGGUGAACGUUAUGGACGUGGAUCCUCCUUCUCUGUCAGCUCACCCGCACUUGGCGGGGGGGGUAAACGAGCGCGAUCGAGGUGGUAGUCGUCCUCCGGAGAAGGGGAUCCCGUUGGAGGCGGCGGGUAGUGGUGGUCCCGGGGACGAAGGCGUACCAUCCCCUCAAGGCGGCGACGCAGCAAUCUCCGCCGUGGCUGUGCCGGAGGAAAAGGCUCGCGAUGGCGGAGCCGGAGGGACGAGCGGAAGCGGCAGCGCCGGCGACCGCCACCGCGUCAUCGAUGGCGAGAGGGAUUCAGGCCGUGGCGACGAGGCUGCGGCUGCUGCGGCGAUGGCGGCGGCCGGGCCGAGCGCGGAGGCUUCAGGGACGGCGCGAGGCGCGGCUGCUGUUCCGGCGCACGAAGAGGAACCGGCGAAGGUGGCGGCAAAGCGUAAGAGGGAAGAGGACCAAGACGCGGACGAGGACUGGGCCAAGGCGGCGGCCAAGCGGAAUAGAGAAGAGGAUGGCACAGGUGGUGCUGGUGGGGGCGUGGCGAGCGUUGGUCUACCUCUGAUACCAGCAACCCCUGCGGCGGGGGCAGCGGAAACGCCGGAAGGUGCUUCCGCGGCUUCGAUUGGCGCAGGUGGCAGCAGCGAGAGGGGCGGGGAAAAUGCCAUGCCCAUGGCGGUGGAAGUACCGCCUGUAGGCGCCGCCGCGGUUGAGAGCACGAAGAGACCACAGAGCACAGCAGUCGUCGGCGACGCAAAGCACCCAGACAACCGUACCGCUGCCGCCGCCGGACGCGGGGUGAGUGGUGAGGGCGGGGAAGGUGUAUCAACAUGGGUGGAAGUUGACGGCAGCGGCGGCGGCGGCGGGUCUUCCCGUUCCCAGGCUGGACUGAUCCCGGCGGCCGGGCCGAAUGGGCUUCCCCCACAAGGCACCGCUACUAGCAGUACUCCCGCUGAUGGCGCCGGCGGGUCAGGAAAACGGCCGCGGUCGAUGACGGCGACGCCGGCGCUACCUCCGUCCUUGGACGGAGCCAGGGCGGAGUGGAGGGCCAAGGGCAUGGUGGGAACGACGCAGGAGGAGGAGGGGGAACGACCAGGAAGUAUGAAGCCUCAUGUUCUCGAGGGGGGCAGAGAAAGCAGCCGAGCCCAGCCGCAACCGCAUCUACCUCCCACUACGGACUCUGCUGCGCAAAGAGGGGGCGGUGACGGAGGAGGAGGAGCGAAGGGAAGAGGGAGUGUUUCCGGCUCCGGCGGUAGCGGGAGGGCCGGCGGCGGCGGCGGCGGUCGUUCGAGCGGAGGGCUGAGCAUUCAGGCGGCAGCGGCUGCCGGAGGCGGUGGCGGCAGCGGUGGUAAGAUCCGCAGCAGGCUGCGGAGCAACAGCGGCAGCGGCGGUAGCAGCAACUCCAGCCCCAGCCCCGGCGGGAACAGAAGCCCGAACGGCGAAGGGCACGGGGCCGUUGGCAGCAGGGGGGCAAAGCGGAACAGGGACGACGGCGGCGGCAGCGGGUGGCACGGCGCGGUGGCGGCGGCCGCCGCUGCCUCAUCCGCCGUCCCCUCUACGGCAGACGACAGGGCGAGCAAGGACAGGCGCUCCAAAUCCCCCCGCCGAUAGGAAAUAAUAACUCGGGGUUACGUGGGCGUUGGUGGUACUGCCUCCGGUGAUGGAUGUGACCACCGUUUUUUUUGUUUUUUGUCUAUUCCAGUUUCUGACGCGAGGUUUGAUGCCCGCAGUUAGCUUUCCCGGCGGGCACGGGGGCAGGGACAAGCAAGAGGAGCUGUUGCUGCUGCUGUUACUGCUUGCUCGUUGAUGGGACCACCAGAAAAGUCGUGCUCGGAAAGCUUAAAUUUGUGCAGAGAGGAGAUAGGGACACGGCCAGAAAGAAUAAGUGAAAGGAAAGGCUGGCUGGCUGUUUGUUUUUCACGAUGGGAAAAGAGCUCCGAGAACGGCACGCGAUGGUCGUAUGGUUGAGGUGUAGAGAAACCUUCUGUCGCGCUACAGCUGCAGUCGAAAAGGAAGGUCGGUGUGGAGUAGCCUUUGCACGGGGCACGUUUUUCCGCAACGAGCGCGUUGGGGGUUUGAUGAAGAAUGCUUUCGUGUCUUGGGAGAGGACGGGUUCGGGGCCGACCACCGCAAGCGAGCAAGCAACUCAGGCCCAAAUGGUAUAGGCACGCUAUCACCUCCCUGCGCGCGUGCGAGUGUUUUUCAGCUCACGAAUAGAGUGCAGCGGUGUAGGGCGACAAGCUCGUGUUUGUAGGAGGACAUUUUUUUUUGUUACAAUAUCGUGGUUGUGUGCGUGUUUGAGUGUUGCCUGGCUGAGACCUCGUUAUAAUCAUCGUUCCUCUAUGUGUCAUCAUGGCUAUCUCCGUCAAGGCGGGAAUGGCUGGCUGCUUCUUUUGCGUCGAUCGUUUCGUGUACACGACGCGCGGUUUUGAUUUUGUUGGUGGACGGACGCGGUAAGCGGCGGGCAGGACCAAACCAUCUGUCUGUCUGUCUGCCUCUCUUUCUUUGCCGAAUGUCGAGAGCGGAGUGUUUCUAUUCGCGGGGUGCAUAAUCACGGCAGCCUCUGCCUCAUCUAGCGAUUGUCUGGUCCGUGACGAUGCGGCCUGCGUGCGUGUAGCUGGCGGCGUGGGUGAUACCGCUGCCAACAAGCGGACAACAUCUAAUGACGUGUUGGUUGAUAGAUGAUCGUUUGUGUAUUGAUUCUAUGAUUCACUUUUGUUUUUGUUUCUCAGAGGGAGGGGNGGGGGGGGGGGGGGGGGGGGGGGGGGGGGGGGGGGGGGGGGGGGGGGGGGGGGGGGGGGGGGGGGGGGGGGGGGGGGGUCGGUGAGAAACAGAGACAAAUAAUGACGUCACUCGUUGAUUGUGGUGUUUUGUGUAAAAUUGUGUUUACCGAGAAGUAGAGUUUCAUAGGAGUGUCUCGUGGAAAUGGAGGACAUGAAGACGAAAAGGCCGCGGGGGAGUGAGGCAUCCAGGGCCGGUCACUCAAUCGCAUAGACGGAUGCCUUUCCUUCUCUUGACGUGCAAUCGAUUUGGGGCUUGGGGUGUCGUUGAAGACGAUUGGUUCGACGCUGGGUGAUGUCAUGAUAGUCGAGGGCAACAAUUUUUUCGUUGUAAGCUAAACUUUAGUUGAUGUUUCUGGCCGACACGCUU